UGGCCGUUGCAGCUGCGGUGGCAAGGACAACCACCGACCGGCCGGCAGGAUUCCGAAGGUCCAUUGAAAAGCGAUGGAGCAGUGGAAUCGCGAGACGCACAAGCUUUUUGAGAACGCUCUCUUGAAGUAUCCAGAGGAGCGUCCCGAUCGUUGGGAGAGGAUCGCCGAUGAAAUCCCUGGCGCCACCAAGGAAAUGGUUCUGCAACGAUAUCAAGAGCUAUUAGACGACCUGGCGGCGAUCGAAGAAGACCGGGUGCCGAUUCCGUCGGACGCAGACGAUCCUGAUGACUGGAAAAUGAACGAAUACAGAGGUGAACAAGGAACGAACGAAGAAAGAAGCAACAGUGCAGAAAGGGAAGAAUGUAUGGAGAAAAACAAGUUUGAUUCAGAAGAAGAUGAGGAAGAAAAGUGCAGAGGCAAGGAUAAAGAAGAUAACUGA